UUGCGUAUUAAUGGCAACUACCAAUAUUAAUGGAAUAGUCAGCUGUUGCCAAGAUUUUGGAGUUUAUUGCAUUACGUAAUUCUACAAAAAUUAUCAAAAGCUUAUUAAUUUCUGAAGUUAUUGCACUUGGAGUCUUAUCAGUUGGAGUUUAUUAAUUGAUUAAACGAAAGUAAACUUUUAGAUAGGCUAAAAAAAGAAAAAAUAUUAUCUACAUUUUAAUUAUCUUGUGUUUAACUUGUAUAAAUAUAUCUGAUAAAAAUUAGGCAAUAUUUUAUUUAAUCUAGCAUAAAAAACUUUGUUGGUCUUUUACUUUUUUUAGUUAUAUGGGUAUUAUGCAUUUUUGAUCUACAUUAUCUAUUAUUUUGCAAGGAAAACUGUGAAGAUCAAAACUUUCCAACCUCAUAAAAUAAUGUAAUUAAAAAUCUAUUGCAUUUCCUUGAUUUUGCUGUUUACUAUAUUUUUAGUUUGGAAUUUAUAUGACUAUAUUACAAGUUUAUCCAAGCAUUAUUCACUUUGUCAAAGUAUAUGUAAUAAAAUAAUUUUUGAGAAUAGAUAUUUCAUAUAAUAAGAAUGAUUGGUUUUAUUGUAGAUUUGGUUUUAAUAGCAGUAGCCCAUUCUUUGAACCUAAGUAUCAAGAAGAACCUAGCAUUAAAAUCGACUAUGUUAAGUAAUUUUUCCAACUUUGAAGAAAAUUGUAAAAAAAUUAAUCGAUAAAGGAUAAAAUUUUGGUAUGAAAUUGUUUUAUAAGGAUCCUUGUUUGUGCUACAUUUUUGGGUUAAUUGUUUUAUUUUAUAGAGGAUAUAUAUUUUUUAAUACAAGGCCCCAAUGAAACUUGCACUCUUUAUUUUGAUGUAUUCAUUAAAACUACAUUCUUUUAGAUUAUUUAAAGUCAAGCAUAAAUAUAUCAAUAUUGUUUGCUAUUAUUAGUUGAAUUAAUCUAAAUCUAAGUCCCUUUUGCCAUAACAAUUUAUAUUUUUUGGUUCGAAAAACUAGAAAUUAAACAAGAUUCUAAUGUAUUCUAUAAAAUAUUUUAGUCGAUUGAAGUUGGUGAAGAUUACUUUUAAACAAUUAAAUUGUAGGUAAAAACAGAUUCAAAAUCUUCUGAUUAGAUAACAACAUUAAAAGAAUGA